GUUUCACAACAUCCUGUCAGUCUUGCACUGUCAGUCUUCGUGAACAGUUAUUUCACAAGGAAUGCUGCUCUGGAAUUAAUUUGCAAGCACAAUAAUUUUAUAAUUUGAUACCUCACAUCUACUGUGUUAAAGAUGAUACUAAUGAUCACAAUGCUAACUACUGUCUGGCAGGUAUCAAUGGUGAAUGGAUUGCAACAAAAAAUCUCCAUAUAUGAUCCAGACGAAUCUAUAGUGAGGUGCAGAGCACCUUUUCCUAAAACAAGUCUUUUGAAAUGUGAUAUUAACAGCAUACGUAAUGAAAGUCAACACGUUCGAAACGAAGGAGUCUUCUUGAACACUAUUUACGAGUGUCUAACCAUACAAAUAAACAAUUUUAGAGCUCGAAUGACACGUCUGGCACUCAGCCGUUCACAUUCCCUAACGAAAACAUUUGCAACUGACUGUUACGAUUACUAUGCAAGUGGCAUGAAUGUAACUGGACCAUACAAUGUAUCUUCUUCUCCCUAUGGAAUCAGACAGAAGACUGUGUGGUGUGAGAUGUCUGUAGACGGUGGAGGCUGGAUGGUAGUACAAGCCAGGCUAUACACUUCUCAAAUUUUCUUCAAUCGCUUAUGGCGUGACUACAAGCUGGGAUUUGGAGUUAUUGGUGUAGAAAAUUGGUUCGGCCUGGAGGACUUAUACACUUGGACCAAUGCACAGCCGUACAAUUUACGCAUCGAUUUGGUAGACGCGGAGGGGAGGAAGGCAUACGUUAAGUAUGACCAAUUUUUCAUUGAAGGGGAGGAUGACGGCUACAAAUUGCAUGUUAAUGGCUACAGCGGAACAGCAGGGAAUGCUUUUGGAGAAGAACAGGAAUCAAAACGCGAGAACUCAUAUGGCAUGAAGUUCAGUACUGUUGACAGAGAUAAUGACAAUUCAGAACGAAAUUGUGCUGAUGAUCUGGAGGGCGGAUGGUGGUAUAAUGCCUGCACACAAGCAAAACUGAACUCACCAUUUGUAAUGUCAGAAAACUACAAAGUUGGUGUGAAGUGGCUAACUUGGACCAAACGGCCUCUUACGGAAGUCACGAUGAUGAUCAGACCAUCAAAAAAUAUUCUGAAGACGGUAUCCCCAAAUUUUCUCUCCAAAACUUAACAUUGAAUGUAUUUUGUAUAAGACCAACAACAUGACACUAGUAAUCUUUGAUCAUCAUUCACUUGAAAAAUAAAAAUAAUAAUAGUACUACUACUACUACUGAUACUACUACUACUACUACUACUACUACUACUACUACUACUACUACAAAUAAUAAUAA